AUUCUAAGGAACAACCUUCUAUUAAAAAUCUAUGAAGAUCAUUCAAAUUGUAAAAUAUCGAAUCGAUCUUUCUUGACGAAGGCGGAAUCAAAUAUCGAUUAAUCGAUAAAUAUUGUCUGUUCCUAACCGCACAUGUAUUAUUUAUAUUAUAGCCGGUUGGACAAUCCGGGCCUUCUAGAAUUAUCCAGAAUACAGUGAUUAUUUUGGGAAGAUACAUGUGGAAAACGAUCAAUGCACGAAGAUGUUAAAGAAUUCGGAUAUCAUAUCCGAUGAUGCCAUGAAGACAAUGGCUCUAGCUAUACCACCAGACUCUCCAAAGAAGCCAGUGAAAUCCACCGCAGUAGUGAAAUAUUCUGCGGUUCAAACACCAGCAACGUAUGCUCAAUUACAAUGUAACACAGAUCUGAAUAUGCCACCUAGCAAUUGGCUCAGCAGCUCAGCAGAAAGUUAUGGGUUACAAAAUGUUUGGUCUCAGAGCACAGGGUUUUCUAGUUUUCGCAUGGCACAUAUGUUUCCAGACUGUGUCGGUGAAGUUGACGUUGUAUCUGAUGCAGAAAAUAUUAAAAAGUUACUAAAGCUACCUUACAAUCAUGGUGUAAUCUCAAUGAUGGUGCAUCGUAUUGAGAAUACAUUAUUGCUGGAUGAUUUUGAUAUCCACAAGUAUCUGUUGAGACAAGCCGAGAAUGACUGGGAGUGGCUGAAGGAGUUCUUUUAUGAGCAUAUCUUUCAAAAUCUGGGUGAUACGGAGAAACGCCUCUUCCACAAGGCAUACAGUAGAAGUAGCUUGCAGCAGAGGAACUUGGUGUCCAAGUUUCUCUACCAUUCCAUCGUGCUCGCAGAUACAGAGAAGCAGAAUGAAAAACCUGAGUUACCUGUAAAAACGUUAGAACCAUGUCUACCUGAGCCGACGCAGGAGGAGAAAGUACCUGAUCCGAAUUAUAACCAUAAUUUCGCGAGGAACGUUGUAUGGACGUUUGAAAAUAUACAGAUGCUCGUUGGAACUGACAUGCCGAUAUUCGGCGGCCAGACGCACCCGUGUAUAAGUUUACGAUUAAGAGACAUGUCGAAACCUAUCAAUGUUUUGACAGGAAUUGACUAUUGGCUAGAUAAUUUAAUGUGCAAUGUUCCAGAGGUAGUAAUGUGUUACCAUCUGCAUGGUAUCGUGCAGAAAUACGAACUGAUAAAGACGGAGGACCUUCCAAACAUGGACCAUUCAAAAUUUAGUCCCAAAGUGAUCAGAGACGUCGCUCAGAAUAUAUUGAGUUUUCUGAAAAAUAAUGCGACGAAGGCUGGCCAUACCUAUUGGCUGUUUAAGGGUAAGGAUGACGACGUUGUGAAGCUAUAUGAUCUAACAUCAUUAUGCAGCGAUGUUUCAGAGGAGAAGGGGCAAAAUCCCUUUACUGUGCCCGUUGCAAUGUUAUUAUACAGAGUAGCUCGUAACAUGAAAUACUCGUCUGAUUACCAUCGUCAUCAGGGCACGAUCAGAAUGCUGCUGAAGAAUUGUAUUCAGCUGUUACCCAAAGAGAAAUACCCACAGAUCGUUACAUCCGCGCAUUUUAUGCUUUCGGAUCUCUACGUACCAUCAGACACGGAUCCAGCUAGCCCCGGACUGUCGGAUCAAAGCGACGAGGAAGACGCGCAAAGCGAAUACAGUACAAACCACGAAACUGAGAAGGAAGAAGAGGAGGAGGAGGAGGAAGAAGAAGAAGCAUGUGCGGCCAUCAAAUCCUUAACCUUAGCCAACAUGAAGGAGCAAAUGGAACGCGAGCAACCAAAGUUCAAGGCGCCACCCAUCUCCGGUACGAUAGAGGAGAGAUGCCUGUCCGGUUUGGAACAUGUCACUUACGGUCUAGAGUGCCUUCAAUAUUUCCCGACCGAGGACAACAGCGACGAGGAACAGAAGAAAGCGGAGGAGCACGAGAAAGAGAAACGCGAGUACGAGGAGAUGCAUCCUAACGUGGCGAAGCCGUUUCAAGCAAUCCCCAUGCCGUAUGCGCCGUUAAACCAGCAAGAGCGAAACGUGGCUACAGAGAAGAAUCUAGAGAGUCACAAUCCCGCGUACAAGAAGAAGACUAAGCAGAAGAAGAAGAAGAGCGAGAAGAAUGUCGCGAUGGAGGCAACGAAUGAGAACGCGCUGCUAUGCAAACCGAACACGCAGACUUUGCCCACGUGGCAAGCACCGAAGAAGAGCGACAACGUCAGUUGGAACGCUCAUUUGAAGACGCUCUUGUACGAGAAGGCGUCGUUGAUAUUCGCCGUGCUCGCCGAGAAAGAAUACGUCAACAAAAAUUACGGCGCCUCUCUGAGAUACGUACUGGAGGUGUUGUAUUGCCAAAAGAUAUUGGAGAUUUUCUGCAGCGUGCGAAACAACAAGUCGAUCAGCUACAUGUUGGGUCGCGCGGGAGACUGCUGCUUUAUGGUCGUGCAGGAUUGGGCCAACGUGGAGAAGCACAGGAAAGAUUAUGAGACGAAGGAUGAAACGGAGGAGAAGAUAAUCGAGGAGUUGUACAGGAUGGAAGACUUGGAUAUGAACGUUGCCGAAUUACUCCCGACGAGAUUGGAGAGUCUAGAAUCCACUUUGAUUUCCUCUCACAAGUGUUAUAAUAAGGCAUUGUCGUUAGAACCAAUCGAUAUGGAUAAAAAUAACUUGCUGAGACGUUUGGGGAACAUCCACAACGAGCUCGGCGUGCUAUUCAUGAAUCAAGCGGGCGGUACUUUCCAAAUGGGAGCGCCAUGCCAGCAAGAAAGACGAGCAGAAGACUUGCCGAGCUCGAGGAACGUGACUGCACUUCUUACCUGUUCACUGAACCACCUGGAAGCCGGUAUCAGAGCCUUCGAGGCUGUUCACGACGAAGCAAAUCUGGCGCUCCUUCAUUCGAAUACGGGUCGAUUGAUGCGUCUCUGCGCGCACAUGCAUGCGAAGCAAAACGCUCAAGAACGACAGUUUUACAACAAGGCGCUUGCGAGUUAUCAGAGAGCCCUACAGGUGUUGGGCGAGAGGAAAACGAAUCCGACUAUUUGGGAUACGGUGACAUGGGAUUUGUCCACCACAUUGUACUCAAGGGCCACGAUGUUGCAAGAUUAUCCGAUUGUUGGACAAAAGAGCGAGGAGGAAUUAGAAAGAGAAGUGGUCGAUAUGCUUCAAAAAGCAUUGAAGCAUUGCGAAGUAGACACACCGGGGUCGCGACAGCCAGUCUAUCAGUUCCGUGCCGCGAACAUCCAGCAUCGAUUGGCUUCGUUGUAUCAUCGCGUGUACAGGGAACUCGAGUCUGAUAUGGAUAACACCAAGAAGAAGACAAGCUUACAGUUGUGCAAGCUGUAUUACGAUAAAGCGGCGAAGCUAUUGCUGUCGUUAGAACAGACAAAGGAAUUUUUGACGCUGCAAUUGGAGAGAGUCGCUCUGUUGGAAUACCAAGCGCGCAGUGGCACAACUUUCAAUAGUAAGGUAAAGGCGUAUCAGAACGCUUUGGACUUGAUUUUGCAAUGUAUACCCAUCAUAGAGUUGCUCUACGAACGCAAUAACGCGACCAAGGACAAGAAUGAGACAGUCGACGAUGAAGCGGAGGAUGACGUAGCUGCACGCGAAGAAGCGGCCGAGGAUCAGAAGUUGAGGGACGAGGAGGAGAAGCUCAUCGUUCUGCUCGAGCAAAGAGUGCAAUUUAUUCUACGUUCGUUAACCAAGUUGUUUCUCAGCAAAAAUCCCGGAUGCAAUAAGAAAGAGAACGAGACUCUCAGCAAUCAGUACAGACAGUGUUAUGCCCGUACGUUGCGAGCGGAUGCGAUGUCCGGGUUUGCGCUAGUGAAGCACAUGAAAGUUCUUCUGCAAGAACUCAGCGAUAUGAUACCGCGGACGGAUUCGAUUUAAUCCGACCAAUAGCAGCCUGUGUAAUUAAGAACUUGUACGGAGCCUGUAAUUAUGUAUAAUACGGGAGCUACUUUUUGGAAGAUCGACGAAACAUGAUAGUUCCAUCGGUCUUUUGAAAUCACGUAGCGUGUACAGAGCGGAGCAAGGCGGUAACAACGAUCGUUAUCUUAGGCGAGAAAGUUAUAACUGACUAAGAAAGAAUACUGACACUUUUCACUACAUCGUACAGUGUAAUAAGAAAGAGAAUGAUCUUUUUAGUCUGUCCUAUGUAAAUAAAAUAUGUAUUUUUAUUCCAGAAAUAAAAAGAAUAGCUCACAUA